AGGUUGUCGUCCGCCAAUCGGGUUGGAGGGUUUGUGCGGGGGCGGGACUAAACGCGCAAGUUUGGUUGGAGAGGGAAGGCGCCCCCAGAGCCGCUGAAACAUGUCGGAGCGCAAGGUGUUAAAUAAAUACUACCCACCGGAUUUUGAUCCAUCAAAAAUCCCAAAACUCAAACUUCCCAAAGAUCGACAGUAUGUGGUGCGAUUAAUGGCUCCUUUCAACAUGAGAUGCAAAACGUGUGGAGAGUAUAUUUAUAAAGGCAAGAAAUUCAACGCACGUAAAGAAACUGUACAAAAUGAAGUCUACCUGGGACUGCCCAUCUUCCGCUUCUACAUCAAGUGCACCAGAUGUCUGGCAGAAAUCACAUUUAAGACUGACCCCGAGAAAACAGAUUACGUGGUGGAGCAUGGGGCAACGCGGAACUUUCAAGCAGAGAAACUGCUGGAGGAGCAGGAGAAACAAAUUCAGAAAGAUCGGGAAGAGGAAGAGCUGAAUAACCCGAUGAAGAUUCUGGAAAACAGGACAAAAGACUCUAAGAUGGAAAUGGAGGUCUUGGAAAACCUGCAGGAGCUGAAGGAAUUAAAUCAGCGUCAGGCCAACGUGGACUUUGAGGGCAUGUUACAGGAGUACCAAAAAUAUGAAAAGGAUCUAAAACGUCAACAGGUGGAGGACGAUGAGCGAGAGAUGAAAUCGAUGCUGGAAAGUGCCCAGGUAAAGAGAAUUCUAGACGACUCUGACUCAGAUGAGGACUUACAGAAACCACAGUGUAAAAAGAAGACACCAGUGCCAGGCAAGCCCACUGAUAUCCUCAAUGAGAAUCCUGACCAUCAGAAUGAGAAACCGAAGCGGGAGAGUUGGGAGCGGAGUGUGGGAAAGCUGAGUGGAAAUCUUCAAUUCUCCGGGUUGGUGGUGAAGAAAGCACCAUGCCCAAAAGCAAAUUCAACAACUCUGAAGAAGGGAAUCAUUAUCCAGAAAGAUGGCCCCACGAGCUUUGGUGCCGCUGAGCAGAAUGCAGUGACGUUGCCUGUGUCAGAAGCAUUGCCAGCUCAGUGUGGGCCAACACCAGCAGCCAGCAGUUCAUCCUUGAGCCUGCUGGGGGCGUACUCCGACAGCGAGGAAAGCCAGAGUGACUAGGAUUUGCAUUUGAUUCAGCCAAGUGUGGAAUUGUUCAAAGAGAUGAACAGUUUUUCCUGUCCGUGGUGGCAGUUCAUCUCUACUCUUGUGCAUAAACCCAAUUUUAAUUGGAAUCAUAACCAAAUCUUUCUCUGAAGUACUGAAUAAUUCCCUUUUUCCACAUUAUUUGGGUGAAAUGUUAAUAACAAGGAGAAGGCUUUGUUUUUUUGUUACUCAGUGAUACAACAGGUUUCUGCACACAUGGGUAUAAAUGAGGCUGGCCAAGUAGCUCAUAGUACAGAAAUUCCAGCACUGCUAGAAACUGAUCAUCUGGUCACAAUAGUGUGUUGUUUAUCUUUGAUCAAAGACUCAUAAAUGAUUCCUACAUUCCUGUUAUGGUGAAUGUAUGUAUUAUUCUAUGUCAGGGGUUCCCAACCUUUUUCACUGUUUACCCCAGGCAACUUUAAUAGCACAUAACAAUGUUAUUUCACUUAUAUAUGAACAACUAAUGAUGGACCGAUAACGGUAUACCAGAACUAAACACAGUCAGUCAAUGAGAAAAAAUAUGUACAAAUCCAGAAUCAACAAAUAUACCCCUUCAGCAGGCGAAAUUUACCCUCUGGCGGUAAUUUACCCCAGCUUGGGAACCCUUGCUCUAUGUUAUGCAUCAAAUCUACGUCUCUGACUGAUCAAGGCAAUCUUUCUGAACUGUCCUAUAUUAGAAACUGCAAUCUACCUAAUCCCUGCCAUCCCUGACUUCCACACCCCCCCAUCCUCCCCCUCCACUGCUCAGCAUUACCACCUAUGCAUUACUAUUGUGUAAUUCACAGUUCAGACCGCCAGUGUUUUACAAACUUCUGAAAUAAAAUGCAGUUUUAACCUCA